GAAACCUUGGGGUGAAAAAAAGUUGGUUAACAAAACGAAACCAAAGUUAUUUUUUGCAGAAAAAGAGCUUGGAGGGAGACAGGAAAGACGAGGAAGAGUUGGGAAAACUAAACUGAAUUAAGAUGGAUGAGAAUCAAAAGCUAAAUUAAGUUGAAUAAGAAAAAUGGAAAUGGCAUUUAAAAGAAAUCUAAACAGAAAUGAAAUUGGAAAGCACACUGAGACGAAAGUUAAACUAGAAAUAAAAUUGAAAAUUAGUCGAAAUUUAAUGAAAAUAAAAAUUAAGUUGAAUUAAAGUAAAAUUAUAAAGAAAAAAUUUUAAAUUAAUUAAAAAAAAAACAAACAAAACACUUGUUGGGCUGCUGUGCUGUGUGGCGCCUGUCCCAGCGAGGCACAUUUGAAAAAUAAGUAAGUAGACAAAGUGGGAAACUGUCAAAACCAUUAUUUCUAUGAGUUUUUAGCCUAUGACAGAGCGAGAUUCUCAAAUAUGAAAAGUUUUUUAAAGUUUUAGAACAUUAAAGAUUUUUUUAAUGGUUUUUAAAAAUUAAUAUUUAUCACGACUCUACCAAGCUCCCGUCCCACAGGCACUGGCAAAAUCCCAGCCUUGCGCAGGAUGGGAAAAUCAUCAGGAAUCAAAAUAUUUACACAUGGAGUGCCCAGGGGUCGGUAACUAAAAGAUGAAAUUUAUCUCUAAAUUCAAUUUCAGCCGAAGUUAAAAAUGAAAGCGCUGGAGGGUCUCUCCCGUAACACAGGCCCCUCUAUUUCCGUUUCCGGUGCUAUCAGGUCUCCAGCAGUCCUCUCCAACAAGUUUCCUGACCAGCAACUCUAGAAAGGGUCACGCUGAUGAUGUCACAGUUGAUCCAUUAAGGGCCACGUGGGGGACGUGGGCAAGUGGGCAGCAGUGACGUCAUUGACAACUCUGUCAACUGUCAUUACCCAGAAUUCCCUGGAAGGGUCUCAGGGGUUUGGCCUGUGGGUGUGUCCUUAAGGAUGAUUGACAUGAGAACUGUACGUGUCCUGAAGGAUGAUUGGUAGGGGAGGACUAUAGGUGGGUCCUGAGGGAUGAUUGACAAGGGAGGGUUGUGGGCGUGUCCUGAGGUAUGAUUGACAUGUGAGGGUUGUGGGCGCGUUCUGAGGGAAGAUUGACACAGGAAGGCUGUGGGCGAGUCCUGAGGUAUGAUUGACAUGUGAGGGCUGUGGGCGUGUUCUGAGGGAAGAUUGACACAGAAGGGCUGUGGACGUGUCCUGAGGUAUGAUUGACAUGUGAGGGCUGUGGGCGUGUUCUGAGGGAAGAUUGACACAGGAGGGCUGUGGGCGUGUCCUUUAUGGAUGAUUGACGGAGUGGGGGCAUUUCCACUGUGGGCGUCACCAUCACUCAGGCAGAUGGAGGGGCAGGGACUAUGCAGGUGUCCUUUUUGUCACAUGCUCACUUGUCACGUGUUUACUUCUCAUAGGAAUUCUCAGGCCAGAAGCAUCAUGCCACAUCACCCACAUUUAUGGAAUUGCCUUGCUGCCCUACUGGGUGUCUUCCUCAGCCUGGAGCCGGUCACGUGCCUGGACACAUCACAGUCUCGACCCAACUUCCUCCUGCUCCUGGCAGACGACCUGGGCAUCGGGGAUGUUGGCUGCUAUGGCAACAGCACCGUCAGGACCCCGAACAUCGACCGACUUGCAGAAGGUGGUGUGAGACUCACACAGCACCUGGCAGCUGAAGCUGUGUGCACGCCCAGCCGGGCAGCUUUCCUCACCGGGAGGUACCCCAUCCGCUCAGGCAUGACUUCCGGUAAUGGCCACCGUGUCCUCCAGUGGGCCGCAGGCUCUGGCGGCCUUCCUGCAGAGGAGAUAACGUUCGCAAAAAUCCUGAAGGAGCAAGGCUAUGUCACGGGCCUCAUCGGGAAGUGGCACCUGGGUCUGAACUGUGACUCCUCCUCCGACCACUGCCACCACCCACUGAGUCACGGGUUCCAGCACUUCCUGGGCAUGCCGCUGGGCAUGAUGGGGGACUGCACAGGGGCAGAGCCCUCGGAGAAGCGCGUGACUCUGCAGCACCGCCUGCACCUUUGGGGCCAAGUAUCCGGGCUAGCUGCGCUCACCCUGGCCGCUGGGAGACUCACCCGGCUCCUGCGGACACCGCGGUGGAUGCUGGUCCUCGGCCUGGCUGCUGUGGCCACCAUGUUCCUUGCUGCAUCGCGUCACAUAGGUGACCUCAUCAUCUACGCAGAUUGCUUCCUCAUGAGAAACCACAGCGUGACCCAGCAGCCCCUGCGCCUCGAGCGAGUUACAGGCCUCAUGCUCCGGGAGGCGGAGACCUUUCUGCAGAACCACAAGCACCACCCCUUCCUGCUGUUCAUGUCUUUCCUGCACGUGCAUGUGCCCCUCGUGACCACUGCGGACUUCCGGGGGCGAAGCAAGCACGGGCCAUACGGGGACAAUGUGGAGGAGCUGGACUGGAUGGUGGGGCGGGUCCUGGACGUGCUGGACCGGGAAGGACUGACGGACAACACGCUUGUGUAUUUCGCGUCUGACCAUGGCGGCUCACUGGAGUCUCGUGUGGGUCACGUGCAGCUCGGGGGCUGGAACGGGGUGUACAGAGGCGGCAAAGGCAUGGGCGGCUGGGAGGGUGGCAUCCGCGUUCCCGGCAUCUUCCGCUGGCCCGGUGUGCUGCCCGCAGGGCGGGUUGUGGAUGAGCCAACGAGCAUGAUGGAUGUGUUCCCCACCGUGGUCCUCCUGGGGGGCGGGGCGGAGCCAACGGACAGGGUGAUUGAUGGGAAGAAUCUGAUGCCCCUGCUGCAAGGGGAGACCCCACACUCAGACCAUGAGUUCCUGCUGCACUACUGUGAGGUGUUCCUGCAUGCUGCGCGCUGGGUGCAGCGUGACCGAGGAAGAGUCUGGAAGGUUCACUUCAUGACCCCGAACUUCCACCCGGAAGGGGCAGGUGCCUGCUACGGCAGCAAGGUGUGCCCGUGCAUAGGGGACGUGACAGAGCACGACCCGCCUCUGCUCUUCGACCUCUCUACAGACCCUGGAGAGACCCACCCCCUGACGCCUGACUUGGAGCCGGAGUUCCACACAGUAGUGGGGAAACUGCGGCAGGAGGCAGCAGGGUACUCACUGAGCCAGGUCCGCCAGCAGCUGGGCUCCAUCUACAACAUCUGGCGCCCAUGGCUGCAACCAUGCUGCGGGGAGUUCCCACGCUGCGGGUGUGACCUUGAGGAGUGACACCCAUAUGACACCCACGUGGAGCCAAGGGGCGGGGCUUCGCACUUCCAGCAACCUCAGAACUGGAAGUUGUAGCCAUUACAAUGCAUUGUAGGUCCGGGUUUGGGGAGUUCCUGUGGUGAGGUGCAUUGUGGGUGCUGGUGCAGGGUGUUCCACUGGUGCAGGUGUGACCUUGAGGAGUGACGCCCACGUGACACCCUCACAAGACCCCACCGUCGUGAGGCCAAGAGGUGGCUUUGCAUGUCCAUCACCUUCAGAAUUGGAUAUUAAGGCCAUCACAAUGCACUGUGGGUGCUGUUGCGGGAUGUUCCACUUGUGUGGGUGCGACCUUGAAGAGUGAUACUCACGUGAAACCCACUGGGUACUCAGGGUCAGCGUGGGGUGUGACCAAUAGGAGUGAUGCUCAUGUGACACCACGCAGGCUGAGAUGUGGGGCUUUGCCUGUCCAUCACUGUCAGAAUUAUGUCCAUAGCAACCGUUGUUGGGCUUCCUCCAGGUUUGAGUCUAGAGUGCUAACAGCCAGCUGUGAUGUGCCUUUUGUGAUAGCUCCCUGGGAGUUUACUAGGGGUGCAAAGCUUAUGCAAAACUUGGUUGGGAAAAACCUGGCAAACCAGGGUAUUCCUUGAUGGAAAAUUUGCAUUGGGCAUUAUCCCUUUGAGACGCUUAGAUAAGAUAUUUUGGGAUGUGGAAAUCAACUUGCUAAAGGUGUAAACUGGAUAACAAUAAAAAAGCCCUUGGCUAAGGAAGAGGUCUCAGUCUGCUAGAGGCUAAGUCCCCCUGCAGCUGGAAAGGUUAAAAUCA